AUGGCAGCCGAAAAACACGGAUCCAGGGAUGAAUUUGUCGUUAGUUCUGCGCUUCACAGCCGCUACACAACAAACAAUGGAUUAAGUGAGUCAUUACUGGAGGGCCAGGUUUCUCAUUACGACAAUAUAGAAAAGCAUUUAACAAGACUUCCACAAUUCAAAGAUUCCAGGGAAUUUUUGGAUUGCUUGGCACAGUUUAGUGGCAACGAUGUGGACCUGGGCGACAUCAGCAGAUUCGAGAGCCAAUUUGAUGGAGUAGAGGAGACGUACAAGUAUGAAGUGAUCAUAGAGAACCAAAGAGGGGCAACAUUACUUGGAAUACCUAUGUACAGUCGAGAAUCGCUUUUGUAUCCUCUAGAUCCUCCCAAGUUCCAGACGUUAAGAGGGCACGCAAUUACAAGUCUCAAUCUGUAUCCUUUGCCCAGUAGAAGCUGGCGUUGGAGUUGGAACAACUGGUUUAUUUUGAUGAUCCAAGAUGUGGAUCAAGAAGGUUGGGUUUAUUCUAAGGUCCGUUUUGGAAGCCGCAAAUGGAAAGGAGUAGGAAGGUUUGGAAAUUUUGUUCGGAGAAGGGUUUGGGUGCGGAAAAGAGAGCUGGCUCCAGGAGCAGAUGCAAGCUUGCUUCACUUGCCAGCAACUUUGGUUCUGGACCAAAAAUACGCUCAUAUCACUAGCCCCGAGCUUAAACAGGAAAUAAAAGAGGCAAACUCAGAAGAGUCGAUCACUGGUAACAGCUGCUCCAACGCCUCAACAGAGAUAACAUCUGAUUACGGCAGUCAACUGGAGAACUUGGUGCUCAAACUAGACAGUUACAAAAUUGACCGCCUGAAGGUUGAUCAGAUCAUCAGCUUCUUGUUUGGUGCAGACAUACAGCUCUUGCAGUAUUUGAUUAAAGAUCAGGAACAGCCAGACUCUCUACAUUUGUUACAAAGUUUGGUCGGCAAAUUGGAAUUCAAUGAAUCGAGGCGCGCGUUUCUAAACAAAUACCACGCCAAACUUGAAACUAGCAACAACAAGGAACUAGCCAUAAUAUACAAAUUAUAUCAGAACUUGUUAGCGGAUAGCUUUUAUGGUUCUGAAAGGCGUCAACUGCUAUCAAAAUAGAUGUAUUACAGGCUUUUCAUGCUAUUUACAAAUCCUGAUUACAAAUGUCUCUGUAUUUCUAUCUCCUCGAUGGCUUCGAUCGUAUCUCCAACUUGCAAUUCUACGUUUCCGUCCAGGGCAACACCACACUCGACACCAUUAGCGACUUCACUGACAUCUUCCUUUUCGUGUUUCAGUUGUCUAACUCUUCCUCUGUAUAUCUCCAUGCCAUUUCUUAUCAAGCGCACAGUUGCACUCCGUUUGAAAGUUCCACUGACAACACGACAUCCGGCAAUUUUCAUCUUGGAUUUAUUCUUUAAACUGAUCUCAAAGAUCUGCUUGACCGAUGCAGUGGAGUGUAUUUUUGUCUCAUAUUUCUUUGGCAACUUUGAGGUCAAAUAUCCCAUAACGUCUUCGAUUAAGUGAUAGAUGACUUUGAACUCUUUGAUCUCAACACCAUUGAGAGAUGCAAGAUUGAUAAUGUCUUUAGAAACCUUGACAUUGAAUGCCAGAAUCUGGGCACUGGACAGUUUGGCACGCUCAAUAUCACUUUCUGUUGGAGGACCCACUUCUUCAUAUAAAACAGUCGACUGCACCUCGUCAUUUCCAAGUCCUGAAAUGCUUUGCGAUAUAGCUUCGGCAGAUCCACUAACGUCUGCCUUUAUGAUGAAUGGAACCUCUAUUAACUUUGUCUCUUCAUCGUCAAACAGAUCUGGUUCCAAUUCUCUAAUCUCAUCCAUCGUAAGACCUUCACGCUGGUAGUCUUGGAUUUUCUCCUCACGACGAGACGCCUCCAUUUUCUCCAACAUUUGCUUAUUCAUUUGCUCGAUUUGAGACGCCUCUUCUAACAGAAGUUUUCGUUUCUCUCUGUUCGAAAUCACUUUUUUAGCCAAAGCUUCGCUGGAUGCCUCGAGGGCCAUAUCUCCAGCAUCUGGAAUGUCUUUCCAACCGGAUAUCUCAACAGGAGUGGAAGGCCCAGCAACCUUUACUGGUUUGCCAUACUCGUCCUUCAUGGCUCUAACUUUACACCACGUCUGCCCAGCAACCAACACAGCUCCUGGUUUCAAUUUACCUUUCAUAACCAAAAAGGUAGCCACGUUGCCCAAGCCUUUCUUGACCUGCGACUCCAAAACCCACCCCUCAACUGGAACUUUGUCUUCCUGCGUUUUAAUAUCCUGCAACUCAGCAACAGCCACGAUGGUUUCUUCGAGCUCUUCCAUACCCAUACCUGUCUUGGCAGAGAUUCUAACUGUUGGAACGUCUCCACCAUAGUCUUCAACUUCCACGCCAUUUGCUGAGAGAUCUGCAACAACUUUGUCCGGAUUUGCCUCUUCUUUAUCGCAUUUAUUUAUUGCAACAACCAUUGGCACACCUGCAUUUCUUGCAUGUCGAAUAGCUUCCUUUGUUUGCGGCAUCACAGAGUCUUCAGCAGCGACAACCAAAACCACAACAUCAGUUAUGUUAGCCCCGCGUUCUCGCAUAUUUAGAAAUGCUGCAUGUCCUGGUGUAUCCAGAAAAGUUAUCGUUUUCUUAGACACUGGCGUCCUCACAACAAAAGCACCUAUGUGUUGGGUGAUUCCACCAUGUUCACCUUUGGCAAUAGAUGACUUUCUCAAAUAAUCAAGAACCGUGGUUUUACCAUGGUCAACGUGGCCCAUAAUGGUAACAAUAGGAGCUCUAGGUUUGAGUAGCUUGGGAUCAGUCGGCUCAGGCGACGGAAACAAAUCUGCACCAGUAUCAUCAUUCGUAUUCACAUCAAAGCCGUACUCGUCUGCAAUGAGAGCUGCAGUCUCAGAAUCAAGAAUAUAGUCGUUGGUCAUGUUUUCAAAUCCAAGUUCUUUCAUUCUUUGUAGUAGGUCAGGAACUCGGACUCGAAGGAUUUGCGCAAAGUUGGCAACGGUUAAAAAUGUUGGAAUGUCUAGUUUCGGACGAUUGCUCGAAGAAUCCAGUUUCGGCUUUGGCUUGUAUUUAACCUUGAUCUGUACUGGUUUUUUCUUUGUUGGUGGUGUUUGCGCAGCCUGUUUCGGUUGGCGUCUAUGGUCAUUGAUUUUUCUAUCAUUUGUCUUUCGAUUUGACGAUGCAGACUCCUGUCGUUCUGGAGUGCGAUUCUGAUCCAC